ACUGGAAACACUGGAAUAUUUGAAUAUUUGAAUACUUGCACGUCAACCUGCUGCAGGCUCUAAAUAUAGAACUGGAUGAGCCUCAACUAAAAGUGAAAGUAACUUUCAGCAAACUCUCUAGACCGACUUCACUGUACACCUGUUGUGUUUUCAGCUUCGCUCAGAGACAAAAUGUAUGAGGAUCUCUCCUGUCCGGUCUGCCAGGACAUCUUUAAAGAUCCGGUUGUCCUGACAUGCAGCCACAGCUUCUGUAAAGCCUGUCUGCAGAAGUGGUGGAGGGAGAAACAAACACGUGAGUGUCCGUGCUGCAUGAGAAGAUCCUCGAGGAGUGAUCCACCUCGUAACCUGGCAUUAAAGAACCUGUGUGAGACUUUUUUACAGGGGAGAGAUCAGAGAACUUCAGCAGGGCCUGAGCCUGUCUGCAGUCUGCACUCUGAGAAACUCAAACUCUUCUGUCUGGAUCAUCAGCGGCCUGUCUGUGUCGUCUGUCGAGAUUCAAAAACACACAACAACCACAAAUUCAGACCCAUUGAUGAAGCUGCAAAGGAUCACAAACAAGAGCUCCGGAAAUCCCUGAAGCCCUUACAGGACAAACUGAAAGCCUUUGAAGAAAUUAAAGAAAACUUUGAUCAAACAGCAAAACACAUUAAGGCCCAGGCCAGAGACACAGAGAAGCAGAUUAAAGACCAGUUUAAGAAACUUCACCAGUUUCUACAAAAGGAAGAGGAGGCCAGGAUCUCUGCUCUGAGGGAUGAAGAGGAGCAGAAAAGUAAGAUGAUGAAAGAGAAGAUUGAGGUUCUGAGCAGAGAGAUAGCAGCUCUUUCAGACAAAAUCAGAGCCACAGAGGAGGAACUGAGAGCUGAAGACGUUUCAUUCCUGCAGAACUACAAGGCUGCAGUGGAAAGAGUCAAGCAGCGCCUCCUGCUGGAUGAUCCGGAACUGGCAUCAGGAGCUCUGAUCAACGUGGCCAAACACCUGGGCAACCUGACCUUCAACAUCUGGAACAAGAUGAAGAAGAUGGUCUCCUACACUCCUGUGAUUCUGGAUCCAAACACUGCUGACCCAGAACUAAUCCUGUCUGAAGAUCUGACCAGUGUGAGACGUGGAGAGAAACAGAAGCUUCCUAAAAACCCAGAGAGGACCAAAUUCUCCUGCUCCGUCCUGGGCUCUGAGGGUUUUAACUCAGGGACUCACAGCUGGGACAUUGAAGUCGGAAACAACAAGGACUGGGAGCUAGGUGUGUUGGGAGAGAACGUCCAGGCACACGGACGUUUACAGUCCGGACUGUGGAGAAUAUUGUUCUGUGAUGGUAAAUUCACAGCGUUCUCCACUUUGGAUCCAGAGAAAGAUCUGCUGGUGAAGAAGAAGCUGCAGAAGAUCAGAGUUCAUCUGGACUUCAACGGAGGAAAACUGUCAUUCUCUGAUCCUGAUACUAACACAAACAUACACACCUUCACACACACCUUCACUGCCACACUGUUUCCAUACAUUUACACUGAGAAUCAUCUCCCACUGAGAGUUUUACCAGUGAAGGUCUCUCUGACGGCAGAGAAACGCAGUCAGAAAUGAUCAAAUCUACAAUGAGAAGAUAGAAGAACAUCUACGGUUGUACAUUAUUUAACAUUGUGAGUAAUGAAUGAGGAGGAUUUUAUUUUAACAGGGUAUUAUUUUUUACAUAUGUUACUUGACCUAGAACAGCAUAAGAC